UGCGGCUGCAGUGGCUCCUCCGGGAGCCCAGGCGGCGGUGGCGCCCGGGCGGCCCCGGGGCGCGAUCGCGGCCGCCGGCCGCCCAAGAUGAACUCGCGGCUGCGGCACUGGAGGGAGGCGGCGACGCUGCUGCUGGCGGCGGGCGCGCCGCCGCGGGCCUCGCUCGGCGCCUUUGACUACGAGCUGCUGCUGCUGCAGCGCAGCCCCCGCAGCGGCUUCCUGCCCAGCGCCCACGUCUUCCCGGGGGGCCUGGUGGAGGCGGCGGACUUCGCCGCCGAGUGGCUGGGGCUGCUGCCCGCCUCGCCGCAGUGCGGGCUGGGCCGCGUGAGGCCGCCGCCGCCCGGCGCCAGCCGGGCCCCGCUCUUCGCCACCGACCGGGAGCGGCUGGGCUCGCCGCUGCCGGGGGAAGUCGCCUUCCGUAUCUGCGCCAUCAGGGAGACUUUCGAGGAGGCGGGAAUCCUGCUGGUGGUGCCGGGGCGCGGGCCGGCGGCGGGGAGCGGCCCGGCCCGCCUGCCGCCCGCGGAGCGCCUGCCCGCCGCCGCGGAGCUGAGCGCGUGGCGGCGCCGCGUGCAGGAGGACGCGGGCUGCUUCCUGCAGCUCUGCCGCCACCUGCGCUGCGCCCCCAACAUCUGGGCGCUGCGGGAGUGGAGCAACUGGCUCACCCCCGUCGGCAGGGCUGGCCGCGGCGGCCGGCGCUACGACACAGCUUUCUACCUGUGCUGCCUGGAGCAGCGGCCGCCCCGCACCUCGCAGGACGACCGGGAGGUGACCGCCUUCCAGUGGUCAUCACCUCCAGAAGCCAUUGAACACUUUAAAUCUCAGGAAAUAUGGUUUGCUCCUCCUCAGUUCUAUGAAUUAUGUAGGUUGUGCAACUUUUCUUCACUUCACGAGCUACAUAAGUUCAACUCUCAACGAGCUCUAGAAGGAUGUGAACGUUGGAUGCCAGUGAUUUUAACUGCUUCAGAUGGCUACAUUCAGCUAUUACCAGGAGAUGAGUUAUAUCCAGAAGAUCCAGAUUAUACAGGGGAAAAGAAAAUAACCUUGUCAACAGAUAAGAAGGUUGAAGAUCUAAUGAAAGAGGGUACUGUAUUUCACAGGAUAGUAAUAAAAAACAUCAAUGAUGUUGCUGUUUAUGUUAAUAUUCAAGCCAAAUAUAAACAUAUGAAUCCAGUGGUGAUAAACUCCAAUAAUUCAGAUUACAACAGCAGAUUAUAGUAUGCAUUUGGUUUAAAGUUAGAAUAUAUUUAAUUACAUAAGUAUUCAUUGUUAGUGUUUCUGGUCCUUUCUAACAGUUGCCAAGUAGUCAGGAGAUGAGUUUUAGUCAGAGACUAAAAUAUUUCAUUGCCCUGCCAAAGCAUUUCAUUUGGAUCUAGGUUUGAGAUUCAUGUGCAGCUAAUUCUUUGAUUCUCUGAAACUGCACAGUUGUGCCAGUUAUGAUAUACAUGUCACUACUGAAAACUCAGCAACAACCAUCAACUUAAUUACUUGAUUAAACUUAAAAGUGAUUAGAUUAUAAUCAAACUGAACCAUUACCACCUUAUUCUACUUACAUACUAGUAGUGGAAUAUGCUGUAACACUUUGGGUCCUUUGGGUCACACAGGUUCUUUUCUCACUGAAAAUUAAAGUAAACUUACGUUCAGAACAAAUAUGUUUUGAAUUCAAGAACUAUUUUACUAUGUUUCCCAGAGUUAUCAGAUGAGCAACUAUAAGUGUGUCUAGAAAUUAAUGAAAUCCUUCAUUCUAUUUCUGUUGAAGUCUUCCAGUCUAGUCUCUCUCUCUCAUUUUGGGGAAAGCCCAUAUAUAUGUGUAUAUAUAACUGUUAGCUAAAAUUCACUGACUGCUUUCUGAUUUUGAUUUUAAACUUAAUGUUUAUAUUUGAUACACCUGAAUUGUUUCCAUUAAUGGUAAUCUAUACAAAACUUUACAAAUUUCAAAGGUAGAAAUAAUUGGGAUAUAAGCUAAUACAUUGAGUGCAACCGUUCUCUUUAUUGUUUUCAUACUUACUUUAAAUAUGUUGGCAAUUUAAAAAUAGGAAAAAUAAAUUGUUUAGCUCUGAAAAAGAUACCAAGAACUUCAGAGUUACUACCUUGGAAACACCGAUUUACACAUUUCAACAUCCCACAUUUUGCUUUGUAACUAUUUUCCUAAAUGUAUCUUUAAGAGAUUUAAAGACAUCAGAAGGAGCAUUGCUGCUUGCUGCUGCUAGGAUUUUUGGUUUGUUUUAUUUCUUCAGUGUUACAAGUGGAAUAAAUGGGGCAGUGACAUGGAAUCUCUUUUAUAUGGAAGAAGAAUGAAUGAUGACUUACAUUAGCCAGUAGAGCUGGCCAGAAAGCUUUGUGUUCUGUAUUUAAAUUAAAAUAAAAACUUGUACAAUAUUUUCAUUAAA